GCUGUCCCACAGACAGGCUGGCAGCCUGCUGUUGCCUUCGUCUCCUUUGCUUAGGAGGGAGCCAAGCUCUAUGACUUCAGGCCGAGUCAUGAAUUCCUUGCGUCACUGGGGUUGCGGAGAAGCAUCCUGAGAUGCUUCCGGAAGCAGAACUGCCAGUUUGUGGACUCACUGGAGGAGAGACAGUCCCAGGAGGAGGCUACAAGGGGGAGAGAGGGAGAUCUGCAUUCCUGUCCGGUCCAGAGGGCUCUGUGUGGGUCAGGCCCUCCACAGACGGGAGUGACCUUGUACUGAGAACUGGGUAAACUGUCUGGCUCGCUUACUGCGAGAUGAAGCUGCUAGUCUGCAUCGCCUGCGUCCGCCUCUGCCUCCGCGAGCUCAGCAGGCAGGCAGCCACCUGGGAACAUCUGGGGUCCAGGAGCUCCCAGGGUCCUGGGGAGAAAUGCUGGGCUUCCAUCCAGGCUGUUGAAACCAGGUCUAAUCUGCCAUCUCGAUCCUGUGUCACUGCAAGGAUCAUGCGGCCGGAUGAUGCCAACGUGGCUGGCAAUGUGCAUGGCGGAACCAUCCUGAAGAUGAUCGAGGAGGCCGGGGCCAUCAUCAGCACCCGGCACUGUAACAGCCAGAAUGGGGAGCGCUGCGUGGCUGCCCUGGCCCGGGUCGAGCGCACGGACUUCCUGUCGCCCAUGUGCAUCGGCGAGGUGGCGCAUGUCAGUGCGGAGAUCACCUACACCUCCAAGCAUUCCGUGGAAGUCCAGGUCGACGUGAUGUCUGAAAACAUCCUCACAGGUACUAAAAAGCUGACCAACAAGGCCACCCUGUGGUACGUGCCCCUGUUAUUGAAGAACGUGGACAAGGUCCUGGAGGUGCCCCCAGUCGUGUAUUCCCGGCAGGAGCAGGAAGAAGAAGGCCGGAAGCGGUACGAGGCCCAGAAGCUGGAGCGCAUGGAGACCAAGUGGAGGAACGGGGACAUCGUCCAGCCCGUCCUGAACCCAGAGCCGAACACGGUCAGCUACAGCCAGUCGAGCUUGAUCCACCUGGUGGGGCCUUCCGACUGCACCCUGCACGGCUUCGUGCACGGAGGUGUCACCAUGAAGCUCAUGGAUGAGGUGGCUGGGAUCGUGGCGGCACGUCACUGCAAGACCAACAUCGUCACUGCUUCCGUGGAUGCCAUCAACUUCCAUGACAAGAUCAGAAAAGGGUGCGUCAUCACCAUCUCUGGGCGCAUGACCUUCACGAGCAACAAGUCCAUGGAAAUCGAGGUGUUGGUGGAUGCCGACCCCGUGGUGGACAACUCGCAGAAGCGCUACCGGGCUGCCAGCGCCUUCUUCACCUACGUGUCCCUGAGUCAGGAGGGCAAGUCGCUGCCGGUGCCCCAGCUCGUGCCCGAGACCGAGGACGAGAAGAAGCGCUUUGAGGAAGGCAAAGGGCGGUACCUGCAGAUGAAGGCAAAACGGCAGGGCCCGGCGGAGCCCCAGGCCUAAGCGACCCUCCCCUCCCGCGCCUGGUCUGCGGGACCCCAGUGUCUAGUCACUUAGAAUUUACCCCCUUGGCCAAAAACCCGAUCCACACGGAGAGCUGGUGUCGUGUGAAGUGUUCGUCUUGCAGUGUUAACCCGCGCUCUCUCCUGAAAACCUACACACCAAAGCUUUAUUUAUACCCCUCCAGGGUCGUCCCUCCCGCCGGCGGCGCCCCCGAGGGAAUGCUUGCGUGCACACUGCACGGCGUGUAUAGAAUCCAGCGCCACUAAUAAAGCUGCUGUUUGGCUGGA